GUCCUAUAAAUGGUAAUGAUACAAACAAGUCAUUCUCAUUCAACCUCUACAAAUUAAGAUAUGGGGCUAAGUAGUAAAACAAUUCAGGUUAAGAUCAAGUCAAGCUGUGAUGUUUUUCUCCAGUUAUGGAAGACAAACCCCUGCCAAGUUCCCACUUUGACACCAACUACCAUCCAAAACUGUCAAAUCCGUGAAGGUGAAGUUGGAACCAUUGGCUCUAUUCUCUUCUGGAACUAUUUUCAUGAUGGAAAAGACCGUGUUAUAAAAACACUAACCCAAGAAUUAGAUGAAGCAAAAAAGUUGGUCACUUUCAAGGCACUUGAAGGCGAUCUACUGGAAUUAUAUAAGACCUUUGUUACACAUGUUCAGGUAGACGCAGAUGGUUCAAACAACCUUGUCACAUGGACCGUAGAGUAUGAGAAGCUAAACCCUAAUGUUCCUGAUCCAGAUACGCUUUUGGAAUUUUACAAGGAGGUCACCAAAGACAUAGAGACUCACCAACUCCGGAAUUAAGUAAAUCAAAAAUUUGUAUCGGUAAUAUGGGUGACACUUAAUAAUUGAUUUUGGAUAUGUGGGAAGUUGGGCUACGCGUUUAUGUAACGUUUAUUAAUUGGAUGUGUGUAUGUAAUAAAAUGUGUUGUUUACUCGUAGU